GGAACCAAUGAACGGAUUGCUCAGACGGAACGUUUAUACUGACGGACAGUCCAAAAUAAGCGAGCAUGGCGUCGGGUCAUUUGUGCAGGCUGCACAGUGUUUUCUCGCGACUCUCAUACGGCGCUACCCCGCGAAAUGUGCAAACUUGUUUGGUGCCACUUCGACAGAAGUCCGGUGUUGACGCUUCGUCUCCUCAAGGCCAUAACUGUGACCCGGAAAUAGGUGUCACUUCAGAUGGGAGAACUAUAGUAUGCUUCCAUCCCGCUGUCGACGUUCCCUACGAGCUCACUCAGCCCAUAGAGCGACCGGACCCUCUGGGCAACCAAGCCGAAUCCCACGAUCAGGUUCUGAGAGCCCAGCUCAGCAAAGAGGUGCUGAAGGACAAACAGGGGCCGACUAUAGAGGAGCUGAGCAAGAUGUUUUUCACCACGAAACACCGGUUUUAUCCGAAGGGACAGUAUCACAGGAGGCGCAUCAAUAAGAACCCCCCAAAGGACAGAUAACUGAAGUUUGGUUGUUUGAGUUGUAAUAGGAUUGUAUAAUAAACUGGUCAAUAAUGUUG